GAAGAUAGGAUAGGAUGAAUAAACCAGAAAUAAUGGAACAGAUAAAAUAAGAUCCUGAAGAAUAGGUAAAUGUAGUUCACUUGGUUUUUAUCAAUUUUCACAUAUGAUUAGCUAAAUUUCACUCCAGAAAUUAUUCUCACAAGUAACCUCAGCUUGAAAAGCUUUCAACUGGGGUUGCUUUUACCUGGUCAUUUCUGUAGACGUGUGCUGCCUUUCAUGGAAGUCAUAUUAUUAUCUCUAAGAGCUCCACUUUUCCCUAACCAUUUCAGAGGUCUUGGAUGUGAUUAAAACAGCUGCAUCUUAAAUAGUACUACUAAAAAAGAUGACUAUGGCAAUCAAGGAAUUCUUCACUGAAUAUGGUGAAGCAAAUCAAUAUGAAAUCCAAGAGGUCGUCGGCAGAGGGAGCUAUGGUGUUGUUGCAGCAGCAGUUGAUACUCAUACAGGAAAGAAGGUAGCGAUAAAGAAGAUCAACAAUGUAUUUGAGCAUGUCUCAGAAUCCACGCGCAUCCUUAGAGAAAUAAAGCUCCUCCGUUUGCUUAGACAUCCAGAUAUUGUACAAGUAAAGCAAAUUCUAUUACCUCCAUGUCGGAGAGAAUUCAAGGAUAUAUAUGUUGUUUUCGAGUUGAUGGAGUGUGACCUUCAGCAUGUAAUUAAGGCCAAUGACCGUCUCACGCCUGAACAUUAUCAGUUCUUUUUAUAUCAGCUUCUUCGAGGUUUAAAGUAUAUGCACACAGCAAAUGUGUUCCAUCGAGAUUUGAAGCCAAAGAACAUUCUAGCAAAUGCAGAUUGUAAGCUAAAAAUUUGUGAUUUUGGACUUGCUCGGGCAGCAUUUGGUGAUACUGGCGAUACCCCGUCUGCUAUUUUCUGGACUGACUAUGUAGCAACUCGUUGGUACCGUGCUCCUGAACUUUGUGGCUCUUUUUACUCCAAAUACACCCCAGCAGUUGAUAUAUGGAGUAUAGGAUGUAUAUUUGCAGAAAUGCUUACGAAGAAGCCAUUAUUUCCGGGGAGGGAUGUCAUCGACCAAUUGGAUCUGAUCACUGAUUUGCUUGGUUCUCCAUCCACCGAAGUUAUUUCAAGGAUCAAAAAUGACAAAGCAAGGAGAUUUUUAAGCAGCAUGAUGGAGAAAGCCCCUACUCCUUUCUCUCAAAAAUUCCCAAGUAUAGACCCAUUAGCUCUAAGCUUACUUGAGCGUUUGAUUGCUUUUGACCCCAAAGAUCGCCCUUCUGCUGAAGAGGCACUAGCGCAUCCGUACUUCCAUGGUUUAGCAAACAAGGAGAAUGAGCCUUCUGCUCGGCCUAUUUCAAAAUUUGAAUUCGACUUUGAAAGAAGAAAACUGGGAAAAGAGGAUAUUAGAGAACUCAUUGUCAGGGAGAUUUUGGAGUACCACCCUCAGAUGCUGCAGGAGUAUCUUCACGGCACUGAGCAUACUACUAGCUUUAUGUACCCAAGUGCGGUUGAUUGCUUUAAGGAACAAUUUGACCAACUUGAGGGAGACUGUGGCAGAGGUGGAAGAAAUGCUCUCUAUCCAAGGCGACCUGCCUCUUUGCCUAGAGAGCGGAUUUGUGUUCCAAGAGACGAGGAAGCUGAUCAGCAUGGUGAUUUUGAAAGGCAUGUUGAAGCAGCUGUUGCACAAAAAUGCCUUCCAAGCCCCAGAAAAUCACCUGAGGCCAACAAAACUGAUUCUAGUAAUGAAAAUAUAUGUCAUAGGCUUAGUCCGACAAGCAACACUGCACGCAGCAUAAUAAAAAGUGCUAGCAUUAUUAGCUUUUCCAAGUGCAUUGGGGCAGUUUGGGACGACUGUGAGGAUACAACUUGCAAACGAUAUGAUAAUGGAAUUAGUAGAUCGUCCAAGGAGCCAGCAACUCUGUAUGCUUGACUUCAUCUUCUGGCGGGAUGAGCUAGUGAUGGAUUUCUGUUUGCACUUGAUAGAAUGUAACCGUAGGUGUUCCAUAUCAUUGGAUAUAAAUAUAAAAAACAAUUGAAAGUUUGUCUAACAAGAGGUCCAUGACCAGCUCAUUUCGUAUGUAACACCUUCUAGGUUAUUUUUACAUGUUUCGACAGCUUCAUCGAAUCCAAUAAUGUAAGAGUGUCAACUGAGCAACUAUAUUCAUGUAUAUAAUUAUAUUGUUUUUUAUCAA